AUGCUAAUAAUAUUUUUAUCGAACUAUAGUUUGAAGCUAAAAGGUAUUCUCAACGAUUGUCACUUUAACACACAAAGAGCAUGCCUUACAAAUACUCAAGCCAUUGAUAUGUUCAACAAAUAUUUAUAUCCAGCAGCUAGUGAAUGUGCGUCAUCAUAUGUUCCAGGAAUGCCUACAAAUGUUCAUACAGCUUUGGCGGAUAUUGCCUUUGCUGCAUGCGGUACACUCAACCAAUCUGUAAACAUGAAAGCACUACUCAAGAAAAAAGACGGACAAUCAGCAAGUAACGAACUUAAAGAUUCAAAAUGGUGUCGUGAUGUCAAAUCAAUACGAUGCAAUCUUGAUGCUACUUGCAUUGUCUCAGAAAGAUAA